AUGGCAACCCUAAAUGCACUAGAAGGUCAAUCGGUGGUAAGACCUCCUUUCUUUGAUGGUAAUGACUUCUUGUAUUCGAAAAAUAGGAUGUAUUAUUUCCUUAAAUCAGAAGGGGUUGACUUGUGGGAUGUUGUAGAAAAUGGGCCAUUCACCCCAACUAAAAUUGUUGAUAGUGUGCAUAUGGCUAAGCCUAAGGGUGAAUGGAGUGAGCAAGAGAAAAGAAGAGUGGCUUUAAAUGAUAAGGCUAUUCAUGUUCUAUUUUGUGCAUUAAGUAGAAGUGAAUAUAAUAAAGUGUGUAUGAAGUCUACUGCAAAAGAAAUUUGGGAUACUUUAGUGGUUACUCAUGAGGGUACUAGUCAAGUAAAGGAGAAUAAGAUGGAUUCCCUUAUCUACCAAUAUGAAUUGCUCAAGAUGAAUUCGGAUGAAACCAUAAGUGAAAUGUAUGAUAGAUUUGUGGAGAUUAUAGGAGGAAUUAAAUCUCUUGGGAAGACAUUCACAAAUGAGGAGCUAGUAGAGAAGAUUUUAAGAAGUCUUCCUAAGGAGUGGCUACCCAAAGUAACUUCACUCAAGGAUUCCAAGGACUUGAGUAAGGUACAACUUGAUGAGCUCUUAGGAAAUCUCAUUGACUAUGAGAUGACCCUUAAAAGAAAGCAAGUGGAGGAACCUAACAAAGCCAAAAAGACCAUUGCCUUCAAAGUAUCUUCUGAAAACUUAAGUGAUAAAGAUGAUGAGUUUGAUGAGGAAGAAUUGGCUCUAAUGACAAGGAGAAUAAGGAAGAUUCUCUUCCAAAACAAGAAGUUCAUCCCAAAGAGGAACUUCAAGAAGGACAAGGGAGAAAGUAGCAAGAGGGAUCCUCCCAUAUGCUUUGAAUGCAACAAACCGGGUCACAUUAGAAUGGAUUGUCCCAAAUUAAAGAAGCCUUUCAAGAAGUUCAAGAAGAAGGCACUUAAAGCAACAUGGAAUGAAUCAAGUGACUCCGAAGAUGAGGAGAUUGGUGAUCAAGUUGCCCAAAUGUGCUUCAUGGCAAUGGAGGAAAGCUCCAAUGAGGUAACUUUAAAUGAUGAUGUUGUUUAA